AUGGCUCAACGACUUUUACGCCCCAUCCGCUGGUCGAUCCCAAGCGAACGCAUCGUAAUCACAAAUGGUGCCUCUAAUGGACUGGCAACCAUCCUGCAGAAGUUCACGGACCCCAGCACACGCGCUGUCUGGAUGGCCGACCCAACAUACUUCCUCGCGUGUCCUAUUUUCAGAGAUGCUGGUCUGAUGGCACGCAUCCGUGGCGCACCUGAAGGUGAAGAUGGCGUGGACUUGGACUUCCUAGCUAAGGCUCUCCAGGAAGUCGACGACGGAUGGCCGGCAGACGCGUCUUUACCGCCAAGAAAGCUUGCAAAGACUGGUUACCCAAAGAUCUACAAACACGUCAUCUACCUCAUUCCGACUUUCUCCAACCCACGUGGAAAGACUAUGGGAAUCGAAAACAGAAGGAAGCUUGUGCAGUUGGCACGCAAGCACGAUGCAUUGAUUAUCACCGACGACGUGUACGAUAUGCUGAGAUGGCUGGUCGCUGAUAAUGGUGACUCCAACGUGGCCGGUGGAUUCUUCCUUUACGUCUCCUUUGGGAAGCUCACGGGUGCGGAAAUAGCGCAGGUCGCACUACAGGACUUCAAUUUGAAGAUUGCUCCUGGGUCAAUAUUCGCUGUGCCUGACGACCCUUUGAGCACGAGCAGGGGUGAAACUUCGUGCUUCAAUGGUGCAAGGCUGUGCUGGGCCUGGCACGAAAAGGAGGAACUUGUGGAAGGUAUUGAGAGGCUGGCGGCUGCCAUCGGGAGUAUCAGCGAAACUCGGGAGUGA